AUGACCGAAGAAACUAUUACUAUAGACUCUAUUUCAAAUGGGAUACUGAACAACCUGUUAACCACGUUGAUCCAGGACAUUGUGGCUCGGGAAACUACUCAACAACAAUUGCUGAAAACAAGAUAUCCGGAUCUUCGUAGUUAUUAUUACGAUCCGAAUGGUUCUCUCGAUAUUAAUGGACUACAGAAACAACAAGAGUCGUCUCAGUAUAUCCACUGUGAAAAUUGUGGCAGAGAUGUGUCCGCAAACAGGCUGGCAGCUCAUUUACAGAGAUGUUUGAGUAGAGGCGCUAGACGUUGA